UGGUGCUCGCAGCGGAAAAGCGAACCUGGCGGCACCCAAACAAAUAUUUAGAAAAAAAAAUGAAUAAAUAAGGAAAAGCUGGGGAAAACUUUGAAAACGGGCGCGCGAACAAGUGAGCAGCGGCGGCAGAAUCAAAAUCAGCAGCCGAAGUGAAGUCACGUCAAGCGGAAAGCACAGUGCAAAUGAAAAAGUGAAAAUAAUUUGUGAAUAAAUCAGUUGGUAGAAACAAUGAUGGACUAACGGAUUUUUGCCGGACCUUGCGUGAAAUUUGGCAAAAGCUGAAUCGAGAAGGAUAAACUUUUUGGCCCGCUAUGCCCAGGAAUUGUGCGGUGGCGAGGAGCGCGGCUGUUGAUAUAGAUUCAGAUUCUGAUUCAGAUACAGAUACAGAACCAAUUUUAUUUGCCGCUCGCAUUGAACAUGUGCCAAAGCUGCGGGCUGCUCGAAGCUGACUCUGGUAAAACCGCGACGAGGACGACGAUGCCACUUGAUUUUGGCCAACUUAAAUAAGCAGGCAAGGCGAGGCGAAGCGAGCCGCCACCACACCGCACCACCCACUCAAUCACAGACACAGCCGCGCGCAAAAAAAAACAAACAAAUAAACUAGGCAAAAAGCAGCUCGCAACCGGAAAUGGCCGCGCCCAUCGACGAGAGUGUGCUCAAUGCACUGAGGGGCGUGACCAGCGCCCACACCCGCCUGCCCAAGCCACUACUCAUCAAGAUCUACGUGGCCAGCCUGAAGCAGGAGUUCAACCAGGAGCGUCGCAUGCUCCUCGAACUGGUCGGUCCCGAGCUGCAGUCCCUCUACGAUGACCGACAAAUUGAGCUGGAAUUCGUGGACAUGCACUUCGGCACUGGCGACCUGGAGGUGCAUCAGCUGGAGCGGGAUCCCUACUUGAUCCAUGACUAUCUGCACGAGAUCGACACCUGCCACGCCCACACGAAGAGCGUCUUCUUCAUGGUGCUUGUGGGCGAUGGCAUCGGUCGUCAGCUGCUACCCACGAAAAUAGACGAGGACAUCUUCUCCGCAGUCCUGGCCGAUCAGCAAACCUCUGCCGAUCAUGAGGCAAUGCUGGUCAAGUGGUACGAAAAGGAUGCAAGUCAAUCGCAACGGCAACUCAAGCAGGAUUAUCGCCUGCUGACCGCGGAUGCCUGGCUGGCUGAAUCACAGCAAAUGCAAAGCUUUCUGGAACAAGCCUUUCAAUCGUUGCUUCAAGGAUCCGGUGCAUCAGGACGAUCGCCUGACUUUGUGGAGCGGGUUCAGCUACUUCGACGCACGCAGAUCGAAAGAGAAGUCUCGCAGGCUAUGGCUCUCACCAGCGAGAAAAUCCUGGCAGUUUUCCGAGAACGAGCCGCUCAGUGCAGCAAGGGGGACGUGGAGGCGGCAGAGCGGCUGCGAAAAAUCAAGGACGAACUCACCAUGAACCUUUCCACAGAUAAUCACACUACACUUGUGGUGCCCGGCAGUGCCGCCAGCGAGGCCAUCGACCCGGACAACGAGGACCACGAGUCGUACUUGAGCAAGUUCAAGAACAAAGUGACCGACAAGCUGCGCCUGCUAAUCGAGGCGCAUAUAACCAAUGAUCCCGACGUAAUCAAGGGGAGGAAAAAGACUGUGCAGGAAAUCUUUCACGAGCACGCCACGCACCUACGAAUCCUGCGGGAGCACACGGACAGCGACGCUCUGGUGGAAUCGCGCGUGCCGCAACAGCUCCGCCAGAAUCUGAUGGCCAACUUCCGGAACGGCAGUCGGCAUGCUCCGUACUUUCUCUGCGGGGCGGAUGGGAGUGGCAAGAGCGCCAUACUGUGCCACCUGUACGGCCAGGUGGGCAGCUGGUUUGGAUCCACUCGCGUGCACCGGGUGAUUCGCUUUGCCAAGGCCACGCCCCGUUCCGCCUACAAUCUGGAGCUGCUUCGCGUGAUUUGCCAGCAGAUCUCAAUCAUCUUCAACAUACCGGAGGGCUAUCUGCCCAAGGACGCCUCCUUUGAUCCGCUGUAUAUCAACACUUGGUUCCAGAACCUGCUGCGUAGAGUCGAGGAUAUGGGCAAUGAUGUCCUCUUCCUGUUUAUCGAUGACUUGCACUUGCUGAAUCCACUGGAUUGCGAUAUUGUGACGGCUCUUUCAUGGCUGCCCACAUCGUUGCCCUGGAAUGUGCAGAUCAUCUGCAGCUCCACCACGGCCGUGGAGCAGCUAAAGUUCACACCGAUGCAGCGGGAUCGCUUCAAGUCCGUCGAAUAUCAGUUCGAUCUGAAUAUGGGUGACUAUGCCACAAAGCUAAAGAUUCCGCCACAAUGCAUUCCGGGCGACGUGAGCUUUGCCCUCUACGUGGAGCAGCAGUUCGACCAGUUGGAACGCCAUUACGGACGACAGGCGGUGGGCGAUCUGGCCUCCUAUAUCACCUGCUCGGAGUACGGAUUGAGUGAGACGGAGCUGCUGGAGCUUCUCAUGCCCACCGACGAUCCGGAGUCGCUUAUCGAGACCAAGAACGGACACUUUAGCUUCGCCACCUUCAAGAAGAUCCAUCGUGAGAUGGACCUACUACUGCUCCUGCACGACAAGAUAAUGUCCGGCAAGGUGCUGAUCCAGUGGCGGCACAACUACUGCGCCUCGGUGGCCAAGCGGAGAUAUAUGGACGUCCAGAGGACGCGUAGCCUGCACUGCGAGCUGGCCAACCUGUUCUUUCCGCAGGACGAGGACGAAAGCACGCUGGAGAACGAGUCGAAUCGCAGCGAGAGCAAGUCGGUGAUCAGCCUAAAGGACAGGGACCGCGAGAAGGACUCCCUGUCGGCGGUGUCAGCUGUUUCCGCCGGCCGGAAGUCAUCGUCCACGCAUCACAACGACGACACAUCCACCUUCUACAACCCCAUCGCAGCGGAUGUGAGCUACAGCAUGCGCCACGUGGAGGAGAGCUGGCACCACCUGAUGCGAUCCGAUGACACCACCCGCUUCAAGCAGAUCGCUGUCUGCAACUUCGACUUCCUGCUGGCGGCGGUGCAAACCGUGUCGAUCAGCUACCUGCGCUGCCUGAUCGAGCACGUGCGCUGCUACAUCCUGGACAGGGACAUCGAGCUGAUCUACUAUACGAUCCGGAAGUCGAGCGACGUCCUCACCCGCGAUCCCAUGCAGCUGGGUUCCCAGCUGAUAUCCUGGCUGCGUCCGAUCAGCGAGCACGACGACGACGACAACUCGCUGCUGAGCAUGACGGUCCGCUCGGCGACCGCCUGGUGCGACGGCUAUGCGGUACCGCUGCUCGUACCGCUCACCGGCUGGCUGCCCGCGCCGCUGCCCUCGCAGAUCCGCACGAUGACGGUGUCCGGAACGGGAUGCAUUCGCGCCGUAUGGCUGGCUCCGUCGAAGCAACACCUUAUCCUGGCCACCAGCUCCGGCGACGUGCAGCAGUGGCACAUCAUGAGCAACUCACUCGAUCACAUCUUCAAGGGACACACUGCGGCGGUCACGUGCCUCCUGGUGGCUCCCCAGUCGGAUUCGGAGCUGCUGCUGACCGGCUCCGAGGAUGCCACUGUUCUUGUGUGGCACGUAGGGCUGCGCGAGCGACGGGCGCACAUAAAGAACGCCCACACGGCUCCGAUUACGGGCGUGGCAGCCGGCGCCAAUAACACGCUCAUCAUAAGCAGCAGCGAGGAUGCAAGCAUCGCCAUCACGGACCUGGCCAGCGGCAAACUGAGACACCGCAUCACCCAUCAUCGCGGUCCAGUGAGUGGAAUCGUGGUGGCCGGAGCUUGCGAUGUCCUCAUCUCGGGCGGUCUCGACAGGACGAUUUGCGUGUGGGAUCUGGACAACUUUGCCCUGCUGAACACUAUGCAGAUGACGAGUGCUGUACUGCGUAUUGAUAUUUCGUGGAAUUCGGUCUUUUUGCUGGCUUUGUGUGAGGACAAUGCUCUUUAUGUCCGCACACUGGCCACCGGCAAGGAGUUGCAUACACUCAAAGGACACAAGUCGAAGAUACGAAGCAUUUCCAUUGGCAAGGACAGCCAGCGUUGUGUGGUGGGCUGUGAUGAUACACGAGCGCUGAUCUAUGACAUGCACGCCGGAAAACUGGUAAGAUCGCUUCCUCCGAAUCCGGGUCCAGUCACCGCCGUUCAUGCGAUGGAUAAUGACGAUUUCCUGGUCACCGUGGGCGGCAACAAGAUCACAUUUUACUCGUUCCGCAACGAGGAGCUCUAUGUGAAUCCCUACUCCCGGCAUCCGCGUCGCAAACGUAGCCUGAAGCGUCAUGCCCAGGCGCAGCGAUCGCCAUCGACCACAUUGCCACCCAUCACCUGCUUCGAUUUGUCCCGCGACUCCCAGCAAAUGGCCAUCGCAUCCGGGCGCCAUGUCCACCUCAUGAGGAUCAAUACUCCGGAAUACCAGUGCACAUUGGAGGGGCACACAGCUGGGGUCUCUUGUCUCAAAUUUGCGCCGAAUGGUGAGUUUCUGGCCACCGGCUCCGAGGAUCGUUUGGUGCACAUUUGGAACCUGGCUCUGGGUGAGAUCUGCCACUCCUUUAAGGGCCACACUGCACCGGUGGUCAAGGUGGUGGUGCUGAUGGAUUCGUUGCGAGUAAUUUCCACGGAUCGCGACUCCAUGCUGCUCGUUUGGAUGGCCCAUUCGGGCAAUUUGUUGCAGACCAUCCAGGGUCCAUACAAAAGUCUGUCCGUGACCAACAACAUGCGCUUUGCCGUCUCCACGAAUGGUGAUAACACACUCAAGAUCUGGUCACUGACCCAGGAGGACGAGAAAUAUUCCGUUUCGCACUCGGACGAAAUCACAUGCUUCGAGAUCAGCGCAGAUAGUGUGCACAUCAUCAGCGGAUCUCGGGACAUGUCCUUGAAAGUGUGGCAAGCGACGGGCGGUAAGCUCAGCCAGGUGCUGGUGGGGCACAGUGAUGCGGUCACCUGCGUGGCCGUUUCGGUAACCAACAAGACUCAGGUGCUGUCCGGUUCGAAGGACAUGAAUCUCAUCCUCUGGGACCUGCUCACCGGCGAGGAGGUGCACACGCUGGCAGGACAUCUGGGUCCUGUGAUUGGAGUCAAAGUUUCGGCAGAUGGUUCCACUGCCGUUUCUGGAAGCGAUGACAAGACCCUGAUCGUGUGGGAAACGAAGCGCGGACUAGCUCUAACCUCGCUCCAAAUGCACGUGCCCUUCACCCACUUCGACAUUAGUCUGGAGGUGUCUCGAGUCCUGGUCCAGCUGGUGGACAGCUAUAAUCUUCCCGUGAUUUGCUUGCAUAACACUCCAGCGCAGUAUGUGAAACUACCUACGUAUUCGGGUCCCAGCAAGGAUGUCGAAGAUCUAAGACCGCAGGGUCCCAAGCGUCAGAUGAAGAGGCUGCUGAAGAAGGAGGUUUCGUUGGACACGUACACCUGGCAGAAGAAGUACGGCCAUCUGACCUCUUCCGUGAUGAUGGCCCAGGUGGAUGAGCGGCUGAAGCGGCGCUUCAGUGUUUCGGCCAGCAUGGAGGAGAUCUCGAAGAUUGCCGAGACGAAGACAGGAGCAUCUCAAGCGAAUCUGGGACCGGAGCAGGCGGCUCUGGCCCAAUCCCAGCACUUUGAUCAACUGGAGGCGCUGUGGAAUAAGCGCUCGCCGCCAAGAAGGCGUCACAAUGCGGGUCUCUCGAGGCAAACCUCGCUGGUGGAGGACCGUCUCGAAUCGUCGGACGACGACGAGUACCAGGACGAGCGCGCAGGUAUGUUGUCCGCCUCCUACGAUAACAUCCACCACCUUGCACGUUUGCCCGGCCUCCGAUCCCUGCACGAUGCAUGGAAGACCAACAGUCUGCGGGUGCCCAAUCGCUCCGCCCGCACCAAGUUCUAUGUGAGCACACCACCACCACAGAACUCGCAGAACAGCAGCAGUCUGCGGCUGGACUCGCACGUACCCGGACAGUUUACGGAUGGUGUGGUGGCUCCUGAUCUGGUCAGGGAUCUCCUGACCGCGCCACAGCCCGUCGAGUCACCUCAAAGGAUCUCCCUGCGGCAGUUGCUCCACUGGCCAAGUCUGAAAUCUCGAAUAUGGCGCCGCCAGCGUAACUGUCAGUCCCUGCAGCCGAACAUCCGGCUCAAUCCGCCGGAAAGACUUCGGCCCACACCCAUCAUUGUGGUGGAGAACUACGAUGUUCGUCGUGUGCAGCAACUCCGCACGGAUCUCAUUCUGCAUCCGCAGACGAGUAGGGCCUCAAUGGGUCACAUCGAGGUGGCCGGCAGCGAACAGCUUCUAGCCAAAAAGGCCAACUACUGGCAGCGCCGCUGGCAACUUCUGCGCCACAAGGCCGCCAGCACCACCACCACCACCAGCCGUUCAGAGUCUAGUCACCCACAUCGGGAUUCCAUGAAUUCCCAUUCGAAUAACAGCACCUCCGAUCCCACGGCCAAUUGCAACGAUUGUGUGGCCCAAUGACUGGCAAAGACCCAACCACCGACCACAUCGAACAGCCACACCACCACCAACACUCUGCACCAGUUCCGAUUUCCAGCACCCCUUUUUGCCACUCUUUUUACGUAGUUUUGGCCAUGCCUAGUUGUUUGCCAGUAGUCAACUUAAACGUAUUUAUUUUAAUAAAUUUCCACAAGGUUCAUUUCGUUUUAUUUUUAUUACUCGUUCAAUUAUACCCAAUUAUCUAUGGUCAAAUUGCCCGGAAACUGUGGUAACAGGUAAGUACACUCUGGAAAACAAUCACUUUCUGGAUUCGGGGAAAAUUUCUCAAAUAUUCAUAGAACAAAAACUUGCUUUAAAAGUAUAAUUGUAUGAUAUGUGAUAUCAAACAACAAGAUGCUAAAUAAUAAUUGCCCCUAAACUUUUAAGUAAAAACAUGCUAUCAGUUAAAAGUAUAGGUAAAAGUCCUUCGACACUCUUCAUUUGUUUAAUUAAACUGAGGCUUAUGUUUAUUAUUUUCAUAUAACGAAUUCAAUUGAAUGCGACUUAAAGCAAGAAACCCGAGGAAUAAAAUUGCAAAUGGCUUUAAGAAAAGAUGCGAAAUCGCUGCAAUGAGACUGCGAAUGCCAUUCCCCAUUGUUAAUAGUAAUUAGUUUUUGCCCAGGUAACUCUGCGUGUUUUCGACUGUAAUGGCUUUCGAGUAAAUGGCUGCAUCAUGAAUAUUAAGUGCUCAUCCGACCGGUGGUCGUGCUCAUUUCGCAUUGGCCAACGCAGAAAAUGGCAAUCAAUAAAUUCGCAACGCGAUUAACUCGAUAAGCAAACAAGAGACCAGUGCAUCGCUGGCCGGGUAAUGAAUUGAGCGAAUUAAAACCAAUCAAUUCCACUCGAGCGGAAUCGAAUCGAAUUGAAUCCAAAUCGAAUGAAAUGGAAACGGGGUCAGGGAGUAGUGUCCUCAGAGGUAAGCAGCUCGUUCUUCCAGCUUUACGUUCAGUUCAAGCAUUUUGAUCGGCGAACCAAUCGUGGAAAUGUGGAAAUAUGGCCCGCAACUUGAGCCUGUGUACCAUAUCCUUAAAUCUUCGAUCUCACUAAGUAUUUGUUAUCACUUUCGACUUCUCUGGAUUUUAUAACGACUUUACGCUCUCUCGAUGUGUACAUAUAUAUACAUAUAUAUAAAUAUUUAUAUAACUUCCUGCAUAUUUUUGAGUACUCGUUCCGUUUUAAAGUUGUUGUCCAGUUUGGCCACGUUUCUGCUGCUAAUCCAAUAAAAACAAAAGAAAAACCAUAUAACAGAUGAAAAUGAAGUUCCCAUUUUCCAUUCCAACUAUCCGAACCACAACUCCGACCGAACGACCAUCACCACCACCACCACCAACCACCACCACAACCAACAGCCACCGCCCACAGUUCGAAAACCAGUUCCCGCAGCUCACUGCUCCCAUAGACAAGUGCAUCCGGAGCAGUAGGAACGGCCAGCACUCUGAAUAAAUACUAAAUAUAAUAACCAAGAAAAGAAAUGAAAUGAAAACCAUUUAGAUAAGUUUACCCACUCGAUUGGCAUGCUAUCUCCAACUCCAGUGUUUUUCCGCAAUUCGAAACUAGAGUCCACCGUACAGAGCACUUUGCAAGUAACCAAACACCGAACGGCACCAUCCAAAAUUUGACUAACCCAAAUCGGCUAAUUCUUGGUUAAAUUUCGUCUUCUAGAUGACUUCGACGAUUUCUUUCAGUGGGGCUAGGACGUUAGGAUAAGAUAUCACAAUGUUAUUGCAUUAGUAAUUAGUACUAGGCAUUAGAGAACACACUUAGCUUUCGAGUAGAGUAAUACGGGCAUACCUAUACCUCAAAUGCAAAUGCUGAACAAAAAACACUUUUGAGAAUUCUACACAGUUUAUAACGUACUCGUAUAAUAGCAUACAUAUGUGUAUAAUCGACAAAACAACCCAUGCACAUCCGGCUGGAUAUCCGCAAGUAAGUAUGCAAUCUACCAGGUACAGAUACAAAUUCCUUAGCCAUGCCACUAGAGCUUAACCAUCUUAAUUUGGCCAAAAGGCCGCAGCGAGAGCCCUUUGCUUUGAUGUCUCGUGCAAGUAACGUUUAUUUGGCAGCAACUGUAGAUGCCGGCAAUUAAUUCAAUGUUUGGGGCAUGCCACUAUACUAGCAGUAUAGACUAUAUAGAGUAUAGCGCCUAGAGUCUAGAAUGCAAAUGCCAAUAUAAUCCCAGACAUUCUAAAGUACAUUCCGAAUUUGUUGUCAAUUUAUGCAGAUCAUUUCGCUUCGGGAGGAGGAGGAUACCACAAGGGAUAAGACCUGAUACAGCAAUUAAAUGGAAUACUUAUCCAAAAUGCCAAGCAAUAAUGGGGCAGACGAGCAUAACACAUAACCCAUCUCCCAUUUCUCUCUGUGUACGAGUAGAUGUAAACGAAUGAAAUGAAUGUAGUUAAAUCUGAUAAACCACCGUCUCAGACUUUGUAGGAAUUCUAGAGUUAAGUAAGCCCUUUACCAUUUACAAAUUUUAUUGUUGUAGAGUGUUUUAUGUACCUACCAAGCCAGAGCUAAAUGUUAAUUGUAUUGACCCGAUAACGCAAUAACUUAGAAUCUGUUCAAAUGCGAUAUGCAGAUACGAGCUCUCUAAAGGGGUAAAAAGCGUAACUAUGCUUAAAAAACACAAGUGAAACAAACAUUACUUAAUGAAAUCCACACACCCACACAUGCACACAGAUACACUGAGAACAUUGAUGGUUAACUAGGAAACUAAGCAAUUGAAUGUAUAUAUACUAAGCUACUAUGUUCGCUGUAGAAUUAGUUCGAAUUGCACUUUUUCGGGUCACGGGCUUGCACUUCCCUCGGAUAUAACUUCAAUAACUUUCUGACAAUCAGAGGUUCUAGCCUGGAACGAAAAACCAAAUAAAAAUAAUAAAAUAAAUAAAUAACAUGCAACCGCAAAUCAACUUUAAACUGAGAACGACAUAAUGAUAUUUCUACACUGGAUAUUUCCAUGCAUGCCGCAAGUGAAACUUCGUUAAACUAAGAAAUCUAUUCCUAUGUAGCGUAGUGUAGUGUCCACAUCUCUGUAGCUGAGCCAAGCGCAUCUCCCGAGGAACUUUGCACCUGGAAACGAACACGGACGAACAAGGAUAUGGCCACGGAAUCGGAUAGCGAUAUCUAAACAUAGAAAAACACAAAAACACUCAGCAAUGUACACCCCCUGUCAAUGUCUAUUAAAUCGAAAUUAAACUCAACUUUA